AUGUCUGGAUUGAAAGAAGUAUUGAAAGAUGCAGUACUGUCGGUGUUGCCCAGCCUAUCUCCAGAUGUUACCAGUCAACUGGUUGAGAAGCUCAUGAAUCAGGGAGUUGAGGGUUUGGAUGAUUUGAUUCAUGUAAAGGAAGAUGACAUUUUGGAGUUCAUACGACCUAUCCAAUGCAGAAAACUUCUUGGUGCCUGGCAAAAUCAAGAAAAUCAAAACCAAACUGUGGUUUUGCAACCGGUUGAGGUUCUCCCAUUGGUUCCCUCUGAAGCCAGCACUACUCCUGAUGCACCUCCAUCAAGCUCCUCAAGCACAUCAGCAAGCAGUCCAGGAUCAACCGGUGUUUCACAUUCAUGGCCUGAAAAUUUCAAAGUUCCCUGGAACUUAAUGCCUGCAGGUAUACAGAAUGCUAUUGAGAAUGGCCACAGACCUUCCCCAGCUGACCGACGACAAAUGAUUAGAAUCCUUGCUGAUGAAAUGAGAAAACAUGAAGAAAACCCAACCAGAUCACAGUGUCUUACUGUUACUCGCCAAAUAGUCAGGCAGUAUACAAAAACGUUUGCCGACAUGGUAGGUGACAGGCAGAUUGGGGGUGGAUAUGCAUCUCUUCUGACACAACUGAAAGUACGUAUAGAGCAUCUGAAUCGAAAAAGUACACUCAAUCAUCAUAGGACCCAAAGGAGUGAAACUGGAACUACUAAAAAACGAAGUUCCACUGAUUCAUAUGGCUGUACAAGUUGGCAGCCUACUCUUCCACCUGGUGAAAGUUACGAAAGUCUUGAAGUUAAGCGUCAAAAGAUGGAGGAGAUACAUCGUCAUGAGGGAAUCUCUGGAGCACAAAGCGGGGACGUUUGUAAACUCAUGGAGGAGACCUAUUGCCUCCAGCGUCAGAUGAUCAAUGAAAUCCCAUCCCCUACAAUUGCAGAUUUAAGAACCAAAUGGCCGUAUCUCUUCACACAAAGGCAUAUAUAUGGCCAUUUUGAGAUGCUUACUGACAAAAAAGAGCACAGACUUUUGGAAUUGUCUAUUCAGGAGGGUGGACCAAAAAUUUGCCAGUUUUUUAAAGACAAACCAACUAAUGAGGAAGUUCGGAAUACACUCUCCAGUAGUGAAAAUGAUGUUGCU